GCCCUGCAGCCCUACGCCAGCCCCUCUCCUCCUCCCCGCAGCCCCUGCCUUGGAUCUGCGGGCUGGUGGCUUCUGAGGAACCGAUGCUUUCGGUCCAGGCUUCCCACCGAUGGCUCUGAUCCCUUUUGCUGCACCCUCGACCCUCAGCCUGGGAUCCUCGGCAUCUCCUCUGCGAGUGGGGAUGCUCGCCUUCUUCCUGGCAGGCUUUGCCAGCCACCUGCAAGUCGCCUUGGAGCAUUUUCCCAUCACGUGUCCCUGCCUCGCUGGGCCAUCGAGCCUUCUGGCUCUGUGAAUAUUCCCCCCACUUCACCACUGUCCUCUGAGGCUGCUGCCUCUUUGGCUUUUGGGUCUUCACCCACCCUAUUCCUUGGCCACAUCUUAAUCCGACCUCGUCAUCGUCUUGUCCUGCCCCACUGGAGGCUUUGAGGAGGGUGGACAGCAACACGUGGAGGUUUGAGGAGAGCUCAUCCUUUUCCUGACAGGAUACUGGCUGCAGCAGGUGAAUGAGUUGGGAGCCAUGGGCCGCUGGCUCAUCCGUGGUCUCUCUGGAGCCACAAUCUUCCUUGUCAGCGUGGCUUUCCUCUCUGUGCGGCACCGUGGGGCUCAGGAAACAUCUUGGUAUCCAAGGCUCAGGGGGGGAAUGUGGGAGAAGCCAGGGCAACGGAGCAAUGUAAGCCCAGAGGAUGUCACGGGAGGCCGUGGCAGAGGGCAGAAGGACCUACAAGUCAAUCCUCCAGAGGGAUACAGGACUGAGGGAAGCCUGACCCUUGGGGACAUUUUUAUAGCUGUGAAGACAACCAAGAGAUUUCACCAGAGCAGGAUGGAGCUGCUUCUGGACACGUGGAUAUCUCGAGCAAGAGAGCAGACCUACGUCUUCACUGAUGAAGAAGAUGAUGCCCUGAAAAGGAGAAUGGGCAACCAUGCCAUCUUCACCAACUGCUCUGCUGAGCACAGCCACCAGGCCCUCUCCUGCAAGAUGGCCGCUGAGUUCGACGCCUUCCUGGCCAGUGGACGGAGCUGGUUUUGCCAUUUGGAUGACGACAACUACCUGAAUCCUAGGGCCCUCCUGAAGCUCUUGUCCUCCUACUCUGCAACAUGGGACGUUUACCUGGGGAAACCCAGCCUCAAUCGACCCAUUUGGGCCUCUGAAACGCUGCCAAACAACCAGACGAAAUCUGUGCGCUUCUGGUUUGCCACUGGAGGGGCUGGAUUCUGCAUCAGCCACAAGCUGGCAACCAAGAUGGUGCCAUGGGCCAGUGGCAGGAACUUCCUGAGCACUUCAGAGCUCAUCCGCCUGCCAGACGACUGCACCGUGGGUUACAUCAUUGAGUGCAAAGUCGGUGGGAAGCUGCUGCCCAACACUCUCUUCCAUUCCCACCUGGAGAACCUGCAGCUCAUCCCCCACUCUCGGCUCACACAACAGGUGACCCUCAGCUACGGUGUCUUUGAGAACAAGCUCAAUGUUAUUGAACUCAGGGGCCCCUUCUCACCCCAAGAGGAUCCCUCAAGGUUUCGAUCACUCCACUGUCAUCUCUAUCCCGACACCUCCUGGUGCUUGCAGGCUGUUGGCUGGUGAUGCCUCAUUCUCAACUGCAGUGGGUCCUGGUGACAUCCAUUCACCUUGUACAUGUAGGGGAUGGGACACUUGAUGCUCUCAACCUUUUCCGUGGUGGUUGUGGGGCCAUGUGUUGG